AUGGCUAAUAUGGAGAAAUUCGUGGAAGCGCAGAAGAAUUUAGCCGAAAGUAUGGUGAAAAUAAAAAAUAAGUUGAGUGAAGAACGGCUGACCAGAGCAGGGUUCGAUCAAUUGGAGAGAAAUUAUCAUGAUUCAGUCAAGAAAUUGAAGAGUAAUCAUGAAGUGAUGAUGACAAUAGAGCCCAAGAGCGAUGAUUACUUCGUAAAGGAUUUUUACGGAUUAAUGAUGAAUGGGCUGGUGAAGGAGGUUGAGGAGAUGAUAAGGAGUCGGGAGGUAACGGUUCAGAAGAAAAGCAACAAUGGCAGUGGCGCAGAAGGAAGUAAUCUGGGACUGCAGUUGGAGAGGAAAGAAGAGUUUGGGAGCAGGGAGGAAGCAGCAGUUGGAAAAGCGGCAAUGCUACAGGAGAAGCCGUCAAUAAGGAAAUAUUUUUUCCAAAAAAUCGAAAGAAUAGAGAAGAGAUUGGAAAGUGGUGAAGUCGAUGAGAGAGAUAUCGAAGAUAGUUUGCGGCAGUUGAAUGGAUUUUAUGACAAGUUGCUGGCAACGAAUGAAAUAGACGAGGAAGUCUUUGAACAAUACGAGGAGAUGACGGAAAGACUUAGUAUUCGACGGAAAGUCGUUGGAGAGCAAAAAAUGGAGAAAGCAGAGGGAAAAGAAAUCCGCAGCAACAUCAGGUUAAGCGAAGUGAGGAUACCCGAGUUCAGCGGCAAAAUUGAGGACUGGGAGUCAUUCCAUGACUUAUUUAAAAAUUUGGUGCAUAAUUCGCCUCAUUUUUCCGAAGUAGAGAAAUUAUACAGACUGAAGGCAGCCAUUAAAGGAGACGCAGCUCAACUAAUUCAGCAUUUAAAAAUAACCGACUCCAAUUAUGAAGCUGCCUUUGAAUUAUUGAAGAAAAGGUACGAGAAUAGGAGAUUGAUGUUCACGAAUUUGUGUGAUAAGAUUCUGGACCAACCAGUAAUGAAUAGCGAUUCAGCGGCAAGUAUAAGACGCAUGCUUGACACUACCAAAAACUGUGUAAUGGCGUUGAGGGGCAUGAAUGUGUCUACAAAGGAUGCUGAACCAUUUAUUGCCAGAAUAAUUGUGAGAAAGUUUGAUAAGGAUGGGUUGCGGCUAUAUGAGCAACAAGUAAGGAAGCCGAGAGAAAUUCAAACUUUGGAUGAUGUCUUAGAAUUUUUGCAACAACAAUACCUUGCGUUGGAAGCGGCGGGAGAGCAGGAAGUGAACGUGAAGAGAAUUUAUGGAAACAAAAAUAAUAUGUCAACCAAAUUUUGCUACUUUUGUGAGAAAAGUGGGCACGGGGUGAUAGAAUGCAGGAAGAUGUUGGCAAUGACACCGGCAGAGAGAAAGCCUGCGGUAGCUGCGAAAAAAAUUUGUUUCGUUUGUCUUUUACACAGGACAGACAGAAAAUGCAAUAGUGUUGUGCGCUGCAACAAAUGUGGAGGUAAUCACCAUCAUUAUCUUCACAAUGGUGACCAAAGAAGCGUUAAUCAGCAAGUUAAUCCCACAUCAUCUAUGGUAAUUGAGAGAAAACAACAACAAGUUUUAUUGGCAACAGCAUUGGUAAAAGUACGGGCAGCGACGGGAGAAUUUGAGUUGCUACGGGCAAUGAUAGAUCAAGGGUCACAGAUAACAUCAAUUUCGGAAGAAGCUUCGCAGAUUUUGGGAUUGCCAAGGAUAAAAGAAAAAACGGAAAUACACGGCUUGGGUGGUACUUUGGUUGGUGUGUCGAAGUACAAAGUGGACUUAGUUAUAAAGCCAAGAUUUCUUAGCAAACAUGUAUUCAAUUCACAGGCGAUGGUACUACCUACGAUAAUGAGCCAGCAGCCAGGUAAAUCCUUCGACAUAGAUAUGAAGCAAUGGCGAAACUGUAUGUUGGCUGAUCCAUUCUUCAAUAAAUCCGAUCGCAUUGAUCUAAUAAUCGGUGGAGACAUUUACGCCGACAUAAUGGAAAAAGGGCAGAAGAGAGUAAGCGGUCCGUUCUCACAACAAACGAAACUUGGUUGGAUAGUAUCUGGAGCUCUAUCCAAUGGAAUAAGCAAAGUGGAAAAAGUGCAGGUGGCUGCGACGAACCUUGAACGUUUUUGGGAAGUAGAGGAAGUGGAAGCAGAAGAUCAGUGUACAAAUGAUGACCAGUGGUGCAUGCAGAAUUUUGAAAAAUCGACCGUUAUUCGAGAUGAUGGUCGAUUGAUGGUGUCAUUACCUUUUAAGGCUGAUAUGGAACUAGGCGAAUCCAAACCGCAAGCAAUGGCCAGGUUUUUGAAUGGUGAAAAGAAGUUGGAGAAAUAUCCAUCACUAAAAGCUGAAUAUAUAACCUUCAUGCGAGAGUAUCGGGAACUGGGUCAUAUGGUGCAAGUACCGAUGGAGAUGAAAGGAAAAUAUUACUUACCGCAUCAAGCAGUGAUCAGAGAAGAUAGCCGAACAACGAAAGUGCGAGUGGUGUUUGAUGCAUCAGCGAAAACAUCGAAUCAAAGAAGUUUGAAUGACAUAAUGCACACUGGACCUAAACUUCAACGCGAUAUAUUUGAUAUGUUGAAAUGGCGUUUAUGGAAGUAUGUAUUGACAGGAGACGUGGAAAAGAUGUAUCGGCAGAUUGUAGUGAGGCCAGAAGAUCAAGAAUAUCAAUACAUACUUUGGAGAGAGAACAGAGCGGAACCAAUAAGGCAAUAUCGUUUAACAACAGUAACAUAUGGCACAUCAGCGGCGCUGUUUCUGGCAGUAAGGUCACUGUUCAUGAUAGGUGAUUACUGCAAAGAGGAGAUGGUGAAAAAUAUUAUAAAAGAAGAUUUUUAUAUGGAUGACCUCAUGACUGGAGCUGAUACUGUAAAGGGAAGUCAACAUAUUCUGCAAUCAGUGGCACAGCAGCUGCAGAAGUUUAAUUUUCAUUUGAGAAAAUGGAUUUCAAAUGACCCUAAAAUUACGGAAAUUGUAGAAAAUCGAGGACGCAAUGAAGUUAUAUCGAUUAAAGACGACGAGUCCAUAAAAACCUUGGGUGUUGGGUGGGAUCCCAAUAUGGACCACUUUCGAUUCAACGUCAGCUUUAGUCAUCCUUCACAAAUGACAAAGAGAAAAGUACUGUCAUUGGUAGCUAGAAUUUUCGACCCAUUGGGAUGGUUAUCACCAAUAACGGUGGUAGCAAAAUUGAUCGUUCAGAAGCUGUGGCUGUUAAAUAUAGAUUGGGAUGAGACGAUACCCGAGGAAAUUUUGACGCAAUGGCUAGAAUUCGCAAAUCAUUUGGAUUCUCUUCAUAAAAUAAAAAUCCCUAGAUGGCUGGGUACAUCGACAACUACAAAGUUCGAGCUUCAUGGCUUUUCAGACGCGUCCGAGAAAGCAUAUUCCGCAGUAAUAUUCAUUAAAUGUGAAAUGAGGGUGACUUUACUAACUGCCAAAAGUAAGGUCAACCCAAUCAAAAAUAAAAAGACGCUGCCAAAAUUGGAGCUGUGUGGUGCACAUCUGUUGGCGAGAUUGUUGAAUAGGGCAGAGAAAAUCAUAGGAAGAGAGACGAACGUGUUUGCAUGGACUGAUUCAACAAUCACACUGGGGUGGAUCCAAAAUAAUCGUAGCAAGGACAAAUUCAUUAAGAAUAAGGUGCAGGAUAUAAAUGUGCUUGUACCAACAGCAACAUGGAGAUAUGUUGGCACAAAGGAAAAUCCAGCAGAUAUUGCAUCAAGAGGUAUUCAACCACAUCGGCUAAUGGACUAUAAGCUAUGGUAG